GCACGGUGAGGGCCGCCGCGGAGAAGGACAAACGCAGCGAACAAAACACACAAUGGCGACGGCGGCGACUACGGCAGGCGGAACAGGCUCAGGCGGACCAGCCACCGGCCUGGUCGGCGGGGGAACAGCGGUGGGACGAAAGAAGGAUGGAGGUCCGUCUUCGAAAUUCUGGGAAAGUUCAGAGACGGUAUCCCAGUUGGAGACGGUGCGGUUGUGGAUCGGAAAGCACUACAAAAAGUAUGUCCAGAAUGACUCCCCCUCCAGUAAAUCUUUGGCGGGCUUGGUGGUCCAGUUGCUGCAGUUCCAGGAGGAUGCGUUUGGACGCAGGGUCAACAAUCCUGCUCUCACCAAGCUACCUGCCAAGUGUUUCAUGGAUUUCAAGGCAGGAGGUGCUCUCUGUCACAUCUUGGGGUCUGUGUACAAGUUUAAGAGUGAGCAGGGCUGGCGCAGAUUUGACCUGCAGAAUCCCUCCCGGAUGGACAGAAAUGUGGAAAUGUUCUUAAAUGUAGAGAAGAACUUGGUGCAGAAUAACUGCUUGACACGACCCACUGUUUUCCUGAUGUCAGAAAUUGAGCAGAAACAGGCCAGCAAACUCAAAGACAUCAUCAAAAGGCAUCAGGGCUCUAUCACUGAGGAUAAGUCAAAAGCCACCCACCACAUUUACCCAUCUCCAUCCCAGCAAGAAGAAGAGGAGUGGCUGCGUCCUGUCAUGAGGAAAGACAAGCAGGUGCUCGUGCACUGGGGUCUGUACCCAGACAGUUAUGACACCUGGGUGUCAGCCAGUGAGGUAGACGGUGACCCUGAGGACCCACCCACCACUGACAGAUCAUGGAAGGUCCAUGCCAAGUGGGUUUUAGACACUGAUGCCUUCAAUGAGUGGAUGAAUGAGGAAGACUACGAAGUGGAUGAGAACAAGAAGCCAGUCAGCUUCCGCCAAAGGAUUUUCCCCAAGGAGGAAGAGUCUUCCCGUACACCUGAUCGAAAGGAGCGCAAGGCCAACUCUGCUGGCAAGAAGAGGAGGCGCUCGCCCUCACCGCCAAGCACUCCUGCCGAGUCCCGCAAGAAGGGAGGCAAGAAGGGGAACCCAGGGCCUCACUGGAAGCGACGAGGCCACAGGGGUGAAGAGGAGGACACGGAAGAGGACAUGACAAAGGACAUGGACGACUCCUCGGCUGGUGCCAGCAUGGAGGAGGGGAGCAUGUCCAAGAAUGCAAAUUCAAAGAAGGACAGCGAGAAUACUCCAGUAAAAGGAGGGAAUGUGGCCGACUUGGAUGACAUGGAAGAUGACUCUGUCUUGUCUGGUGAAAAGGACGACGAGGAACAAAGCAAAGGUGAAGUCAAUCGUUUGAUGGACGCAGGUGAAGACAAUGUAACCGAACAGACACACCACAUUAUUAUCCCCAGCUACGCCUCUUGGUUCGACUACAACUGCAUCCAUGAGAUAGAGAGAAGAGCCCUGCCUGAGUUCUUCAACGGGAAGAACAAGUCCAAAACUCCAGAGAUCUACUUGGCCUACCGCAACUUCAUGAUCGACACGUACCGGUUAAAUCCUCAGGAGUACCUCACCUCCACCUCCUGCCGCAGGAACCUAACCGGAGAUGUCUGCGCCAUCAUGAGGGUACAUGCGUUCCUGGAACAGUGGGGUUUGGUUAACUACCAGGUUGAUUCUGAGAGUCGCCCGUUGCCUAUGGGCCCCCCACCCACACCCCACUUCACUGUGCUGGCUGACACACCCUCAGGCCUCAUGCCCCUCAACCACCGACCUCCACCGAUUCCUCCUCCCCAGCCGAUGCACAACUUUGCAGAUAAAGGCAAAGACAAGGCCAUUGACCUGCAGAACUUCGGCCUACGUUCCGACCUCUACAAUAAGAAAAAUCCCAAGGGCAAACCUGUCAGCACUACCAGGGAUUGGACUGAACAGGAGACUCUACUUUUGCUGGAGGCUCUGGAGAUGUACAAAGACGACUGGAACAAAGUGUCAGAGCAUGUCGGUUCACGCACCCAGGACGAGUGCAUCCUUCACUUCCUGCGGCUCCCUAUUGAAGACCCAUACCUGGAGAGCACUGAGGCGUCCCUGGGCCCUCUGGCCUACCAGCCCAUACCCUUCAGCCAGUCUGGAAACCCUGUCAUGAGCACAGUAGCUUUCCUGGCCUCUGUUGUGGACCCCAGAGUGGCAUCUGCUGCUGCCAAAGCAGCCCUAGAGGAGUUCUCCCGUGUGCGUGAGGAGGUGCCGGCUGAGUUGGUGGAGGCUCACGUGAAGAAGGUACAGGAGGCAGCCAGGAGCACUGGCAAGGUGGACCCUGCCUUUGGCCUGGAGAGCAGCGGUAUUGCUGGGACUGCUCCAGAGGAGCCAGAGAAGACUGAAACCCCCGAACCUGAAAAGAUGGACACUGACACAGACUCCCAGCAGGCUGAUAAGGCUGAGUUGAAGGAUGAGGCAGAGAAGCCCAGUGAGUCUGCAGAGAAGAGCGACAAGACAGAGGCUACAGAAAAGGUUAAGAAAGAGGGAGCAGAGCCAUCAGAGCAAGAGGAGGAGAAUGAGGGAGGGGAGGCCAAAGCUGCUCCUGCAGACAAGGACAAGGAGGAUGCUAUGGAAACAUCAUCCUUGGAGCAAGAAAAGGAUAAGGAGGAAAAGGCCUCUACAGAGGAGGGAGAGGAGAAGAGGAAGAAGCUGGAACAUGACAUUGGAGAGGGUAACAUUGCCACUGCAGCUGCUGCUGCCCUGGCAUCUGCUGCCACCAAGGCCAAGCACUUGGCAGCAGUAGAGGAGAGGAAGAUCAAGUCCCUGGUUGCUCUGCUUGUGGAGACACAGAUGAAGAAGCUGGAGAUCAAGCUGAGGCACUUUGAGGAGCUUGAGACCAUCAUGGACCGUGAAAAAGAGGCUUUGGAGCUUCAGAGGCAGCAGCUGCUCACUGAGCGUCAGGCGUUCCACAUGGAGCAGCUCAAGUACGCUGAGAUGAAGGCAAGGCAGCAGAUGGAGCAGCAAGCUGCCGCUGCCGCUGCCGCUGCUGCCCAGGCCCAAGGACAGGCGCCUGUGUCUGGACCCCACCAAGGACCCCCUGCACAAGGCCUGCACCCUGGAGGACCACCACCACACCACGGAGGACCUCCUCCACAUCACGGCGCACCUCCACCCCACCAUGGAGGGCCCUCGCCCGGUGCUGCAAUGCACCCUGGCUAUCCCCCAAUGGGCCACCACCCCAUGGGCCCACAUCACCCAGGACAGACGGGAUCAAUGGGACCAGUCCAGCCAAUGCCUGGGCGUCUAAUGUCUGGACCACCCUCUGCUGGCCCUCCUCCUGGUGGUAUGCCUCCCAUGAUGCCCCCACGCCACCCUGGAGCUCCCAACGGCAUGUACCCCGGACCACCACCUGCACAGCCUGAAGCGAUCCCUCCGGCUCCCGUGGGUCCUCCAGCCCCUCCAAGUGGACGAGUCGCUGAUAACUAAGACAUACACACACAAAAACAAACAAAAGCACACAUGCAUAAAACUCUGAACAUCACCUUUUUGAUGGCCUUUGCUACUGGCUACAUAUUUUUCCCUCCACACUCAAACUUACCAUAGAUUUUUAUCACAGGACACACACACAAACUUAGGGUUCAAUGGCAAAGGUAACCCAAAUAAUUAUCCCCUCCCCCAACACACACACUCAUGCAGAUUUCCUCAGGGCACAGCGGCAAGGGUCGUCUAGUAAUAAACACUGUUUUCUGCUCUGUUGGGCCAAAUGGAGGCUAUAUUGAAUGACCCUGUGUACAGAAAACAAGACAAGGAGACAGUCUCACCUUAGAUUUCUCUUUCUGGUCUGUUUUAAAUGACACUGUAACCUUUUUACCCAUCUCUCAGACACACACGUCUCCUUCCUGUCUGCUUCCUCUUUUAAAGACAAACACUAGGGGGAGCUAGUGAGCGCAGACAGCCAGUUGACCGUGCAGAGGGUUGUGUGCUGAGCAACCUGUGCCGUUAACAAACACAAGAUUGUUGUGACAAUAACAUAAAUUAAACACACACAGAGCCAAACCAUGCCUGCCCUCACUCUUGUCUUGUCGAGUAUCUACCUCUUGCUCCUCUUUAAAUGAUACACUGUAGUUCUGUGUGUGUGUCUGAGUGUGUGUGCCAGAAAGAGGAAUGUUUGAUGAGGAUUUUGUACCUUCUUCUUCUUUUUUUAUUUAAUUAAUGAUUUUUUUUUUCUAUUUCAUCCUUUACAAAAAGCUACUGAAAUAGGAUACCGACGUAAGGCAUCAAGAGUCUGUCUUUGUUGCAACAGAAAUAGACUUAAAUUCUGUAGUAGUUUUCUAAUUUCUGUGACUUUUUUUAUGGGAAGUAUCUUAUUCAGAAUGUUUUGACUUUCCAGUUGAAGAUGUAACCAUAACAUAGCUUAUAAACAUUUAAUUCUAUUGUUUAAAAGCUUCACAUGUAAAAUUUGUAGUUUUUAGUGAAUGGUACUCAAACAGGAAGGAAGGGUGUAUAGAUUAGAGGCUUUAAGAUGCAAAUUAAUCUUAAAUGUAGAGUGUUUCUGUAUGUUUUCAAAGAAACAACAGUCACCUAGUGUAGCACUAAGGCAACUGUCUUUCAUACUUUUGAUCAUAUUUUGAUUUGAUUGGAUGAGAGAGACACAAACUGGGUCCCGGCCCAAACAUCUGAAGAGAAAUCAUUCCUCCUUCUGUCACACUACCUGCAGCGCUGCAUCACACACACACACAGAAAUGUUAAGCUGAGGCGAACACUGGAGGCUGCAUGUACACAGUGACUUGGCGAGACCCUUCCACAAAGCACUGGACAACACCACCACCAACACACGUAAUCUCCUGCUGAACUUCACACAGCCUUUACAGAGAGGGAGACACCGUGAUGCGUCAGAACACGGCGUCCUCAGCGCGGUGGGCUUCGAGAUGGUUUUUUAGGUGCAGAUACUGUAGCAAUUAAACCCCGCCCCUUCUCUGCUCAGUUUCUUAGCGCUGCCUACCUCGCUAACCUAUCCUCCUUUACUCACAUUUUUUCCUUUGCUUUUUAGCCACCGUGUAACUCGGCAACAUCCUCAUUUCUAUUAACCUAUUUGAGGUUAUAUGCACAAAAAUAUGGAGCCCCUAAGUAAUCAUGACAGCUUCGUCCUCCAAGCCUGUGAAUUUGGAUUAGAGAAUAAAUGAAGGAAGCGGGAGUCCUUAGCAAUCAAUAAAUAAGUUGACCAACAAGUCAAACUCAAAUGUUUUCUCUUUAAGCAGACUAAAUUUCACAUGUUUAUGGUUUUACUCAAUUUUCCUAUUGAAAGAGUUAUCAGUAGGUAAAUAAUAAAUGUGGUUGCAGCCAGUGGCGUCUUAACAUCAAAUGCUGAAAAAGGUAUGAAACCGAGGAAAUCAUUAGCUUAUAAUUUCGAUUUUUCAAUAUUUUGUUUGCAAUUCCUUUAAGUGAAGACUUUGUUCUUGACUUUUUGCAACAGCGUCACCCUUAGCUGUAAAGCUCCAAUGAUCAAAUUUAGGUGUUUUUUUUUUUUUUUUUUUUUUUUUUAAUCUGCAUUUCAUUCCUCUUCCAAGUGACACUUGAAUUAGCCUGAAUUUAAGUUUAACACGCAAGUUAGCUUCAAAUGAAGGUGUAACCAGUCUCCAUACCAUGGGUUGAAACCAAUAUGAGGUUGCUUUUAAUGUGAAGGUUUAACCCAGUCUUCUCCUCCCACGCUUCGCUAGUACUGUUGGUAUCUCUGCUACCUCUUCCUCAUUCAUCCGCUAGCUACCUCUACUAGAAAUCUUCCUCUUGCUAUCUGCUACCUCUCUGCAUACCCCUCCGCUACCUCUUGUUUCCAUUUACUUUCUUUUCUAUUCCCCUUUUAUCCUCUUCCUGCCCACGUGACUGCUGCAUCACUGACUGUUGCCCUCUUCUCCCAGUCUGUCGGAAGAAGAAAACACAAGAACGAACACAUACAUACGGUCAUUCACUUGUGCUCUCAUUCACCGUGCCCUCCUUUACCCAUUUGACAUGUUACAAGGUUUGUUAUGUAAUAUCACUUAAAUAUGGCGGGACUUCCCUUACAUAUAUUAUCUUCAAGCUUUUUGUGUUAAUGGUAAUGUAUUUUUAAGGAGAAGUUUUGUGUAGAUGGAAGUUAUCUUUGUUCUUUGUAGCAUUUGUUUUCCUUUUUUUUUUUUUAUUUUGUAUGGGGUCUGUUGGUACUUGGACCUAGACACUGUCAAAUAAACUGUGUUUUGUAUGA